AUCUAAUGAUUAAGGAAUAUGACUAUUUAUUUAAGUUGGUGAUAGUUGGGAAUUCAGGAGUUGGUAAGUCUUCUUUGUUAUUACGAUUUUCGGAUGAUACAUUUAACGAUUCAUAUUUAACAACAAUAGGAGUAGACUUCAGAUUCAAGACUUUAGAAAUUGAAGGGAAGAAGGUAAAGUUGUAAAUUUGGGAUACAGCAGGAUAGGAAAGAUUCAGAACAAUAACAAGUGCAUAUUAUAAGGUACAGAUAAAUUAGAAUAAAGGGUGCUGAUGGAAUAGUGAUGGUAUAUGAUGUAUAAUCAAUUGCUUCAUUUGAAGAUAUUGAUAGAUUUUGGAUUAAUGAAGUAGAUUAAUAUGCAGAGAAGAAUGUAGAAUUACUAUUAUUAGGAAAUAAGAGUGAUAUAGAGGAUAAAAUGUAUAUUAUUAUUAUUAUGAUAGUGUUACAACUUAAAAAGCCUUAGAUUAUGCAGCAAUUAGAAAUAUGGCUCAUAUGGAAGUGAGUGCAAAAACAGCAGAUUAAGUAUCGAAAGCUUUCAUUUCCCUUGCUAAAAAACUUAUUACAAAAAAGGAUUCAUAAGGAUUGAAAGCUUAAGGGUAAUAUAAUAUUAUCAACUAUUAUCUAGGCCUUAAAGAGGUCAAUAAACUCCAGGUUAGAAAAUUGGUUAAUAAGCUGAAGAUGGCAAAAAAGAUAAAGAUAAAUGUUGUUGAAUUUAUUAAUAUUGAG